AUCCAGCACAUCUGGUUCAGAACUUUGCACAGGGUUAUUGUGAACCGUUGGCGCACCUUUCGUCCCCCCCACCCUUGUUUCGGUGGAUGCAGAUGCAUCCCUAAUAACCGAAGUGCAGCAGACACGAUAUGCAGAUGCGUCGACAAUCGUAUUCAAAAUUGUUGCAGCAAAUUCAAAAGUUUAUGCACGAUAAGUUUGAUAUUCGGAUGCGUGAUGCAUCAGUCAUGCCAGAUGCCACGGUACCUGCUAUAGUUCGUAAACGUGCGACGUGAAAACAAGUCUCCUCUAAAUCUGGCUUCCACAAUUUGUAUUUUUCCGCGAGAGGCGGUCAUUCUAGAAUUUUCUCAGCGAAGCUAUUGGUUAAAAUUUCAGCAUGGCAGCCUGAAAGCGGUGAACAACCAAACAGAGAAGGAAUCAGUGGCAUAUUGCCGCAUAUUGCAAAGAGAAAGACCCAAAUGACCAAUGUUUAAAUCUAUGUGAACACAUACCUUUGCGAGAAAAAUUGCCGUCACAUCAUGAUGUUUUUCCAAACCCAAUUGUGAGAUCUCAUAAUUUGGUUCUGACACAUAGCAUGGCGACACAAUGAUAUCUUUAGCAAAGGCGGGACAUAACUUCAACUGUGUUCGUAUACGUUGCUACUUGGGUUGCCCUUAUGGAGCAAUAAAAAGGCCCGACAAAUAGGUACGGCCACCAGUUGGGAUCGACGACUCGACCCGUUGUCUCUGGGUCGACUUUCACGGAAAAUAUCGCUAUUGCUCACGAUGCGUCUUUCUUUUCUGGCCGCAGCUCUGCUUUUCUUCAUUGUUGCAAACCAUGGUUUGGAUGCCCAAUGGAUUUCCGAAGUGGACGGCCGUAUUAAACAAUUUAAUGCCAGUGGAGCUCCAGCUGUGGGAGGGGAAUUUCCGUACAUGGCUAUUUUGCGGCUGAACGGCGAUUUAUGUGAAGGAACUUUAGUUGGACCUUCCCACAUCUUGACUGCAGCUCAAUGUUUAUUCGAUCGUUCUACAACCACCAACUUCCAAGUUUUAUUAAACACGCUCACAACGGAUGGCGACGCAGGAGUCGUCAACGUAGGAGUAACGAAUUUUAUAAUUCAUGAAAAUUUCAACCCAGUUACCAUGGAUAACGACGUGGCCAUAUUGGUCUUACAAUCACCAGUUACAGAUAUACCAACUGUUACCCUUCCAGAUAUACCGCAACCGACAACAACAGAACCGACCACAAUACCAACUACAACAACUAAAACAACAACGACCAAAAAGCCCACAACAACUAAAACCACUACUACAAAGAAACCAACAACCAAAACGACAACUAAGACGACCACAAAACCAACAACCACGACCAAAAAACCAACAACAAAGACGACGACCAAAAAACCAACAACAAAGACGACGACCAUAAAACCAACAACAAAGACGACCACCAAAAAACCAACAACAAAGACGACCACCAAAAAACCAACAACAAAGACGACGACCAAAAAACCAACAACAAAACCUACCACAAAACGCACAACAACUAAAAAGAAAACCAGAUCUUUACAGAUUCCUUCAGAGUCGAUGUCUGAUUUAGUGCGUUUUAACAAUUUUUUGAAUGGUAAAAUAACUAAUCGAGCCUCCAGUACUUAUGCUGAUAGCCCGGCCGUCAUUAUCGGAUGGGGAACAACAAUCUCUCCAGGAGGAAGCAUUUCAAAUACAUUGUUAAAAGCUGACGUCGUAGUGCAGGACAACGCUGUCUGCUCCAGUCAAUAUGCUGAUUUCGUUGGCGAUAAUAUGCUGUGUGCGAAGUUUACAGGAUCAGUAAACCCGCCAACGGAAAACCCGAUUACUACAUCGGAAAACCCUCUAUCACCGUCGCCCUCAACGGCCAAUCCGAUGUGUUCACCAGCUCUCUCGGCCUGGGCGACUGAAUUAAUGCCACUGAGAAAUUUUUUUAAUAAAACUCCUGGAAGGGUACAGACGAGAGCAAACACUUGCCAGCAGGGUAUCGACAUUGGCGGUCCGCUUUUCGUUGAUGGAGUUCAAGUUGGUAUAAAUUCUGUUGGCUAUAAUAUUGAUUGUGCUGAUCCUAGUUAUACUGGCGUAUACACCCGAGUCACCAGUUACCUUGAGUGGAUUGCAACUACAAUGGCCAACAAUAUGUAAAAAGGUGAAAAAAUGGCAGUUCGUCAUCACUUUAGUCCAUACAUAUAAACAGUCUGCAAAGUUUUAUUUUGUCAUGAAGUUGGUUAUAUCGAAUUAUUGCCUUCCUUUUUUUAUCAUAUAGUUAUUGUUAUUGGCAUAGAUUUUAGUGUUUAUGCGUGUUGGGUGUUUUAGUUAUGUGCAAUGGAAGUAGUACACAAUAAACCAAUUCUUUAUUGAGCAA